AUGGACGCUUCCCAUCCGCUUGUUUUAUUUCCAGAAUGCCAUCCAGAAGUUAAAAUUCCAGCUAACAAUGAUGUAACCUCUUCGUCCCAUCCAGUUAAUGUCACAAAAGCCAAGUCUUUUGCCGAUACGGUUAUUGGGCAUUCUAUUUCAUCUUGCAGGAGGAAGAUUGCCAUGGAUGAGGCUAAAUCGUAUGUUGUAAAAUCCCAACAACAGCAGCCUGUCGAGGAGACUAUGCCUGAAGAUAUUCACAAUGGUGCUGUUAAUCAGAACAAAAGUGCUGCAAUUACUAAUGCCUUAAAUGUUGCAGUGAAGAUUGAUAAAAGAGCAGUGGGUGGUACCCCUGGGUAUAUUUCAGAUUCUACUGUUGGAAGUUACAAUGCUGAAAAUGCAGAAGAUUCUCAAGGUCCCCCUCAGGUGAUAUAA